UGUUUGCUUUCUCGCCUCGCUAUUACUACUGAUUCUGCCUCGGGCGGGCGCCCGGAAAAGACCAGGAUGUCUUCCCAGCCGCGCGUGAGGCGCAGCGGCUCGCCCACAUCAGCCACCUCCUCGGGGGGAGGGGGAGCCGCGGCCGUGGCGGCGGCGGCGACGGCGACGGCAGGCGGGGCAGCCGGCACCAACAGCCGCCUACAGCCCAUGCGGGCCACGGUGCCUUUCCAGCUUAAGCAGCACGGUAGCCCCACGAGGAGCGGCGGCGGCGGCGGCAUUCCACGAGGGGCGGCGGCGGCUGUGGCAGCAGCGACCGCACCACUCCAGCCGCCGCCGCCGCCGCCGCCUCCCUUGCCUUCCGCGCGUGCCGCGAGCCCCACGCGGCCAAUGCUUGGUAGCGGCAACAACGCUGGCGCGCGCGGGGCCAGCACCAAUCAUAGCAGCAGCAGCAGCCCGGCCGUGGGCACGCAGACGCUUCUUGGGGCGGGCGGCUCCGCCACGGGGGCACCCUCCUUGUCCUCUUCCUCGGGCUCCGCGCGCGGCAGCCCCACGGGCGGCGGAGGGGCGCGCGGCAGCCCCCCUCGCUUGCCGGCGCCGCCCCUGCCAGCUUCGACGCCCUCGCCUUGCUCGUCCCCGGUUUCGCCGCCGGUGCCCGAGGGCAGCGCCUGUGCCGCAGCCGGCGGAUCGGGAGGAAGAAUCCGGCAUCGCCAGCGACGGCAGUCGCCGGAGCAAAACAGGGCCUCUCCGGAGAGGAAGAGUCCUAGUUCGCCUGUUAGUAAAGAUAAACCACGACCACCAUCAUCAAGCCCUUCCAGUAUUUCUCGCCGUACCCCUUCACUAGACAUACUUGCUGCUCCAUACCUUGCUGGGCAAUGGCCUCGUGAUAAUCAUGGACAAGUCACACCUUGUAUGAGGGAUAAAGCCACUCAGACUGAGAGUGCUUGGGCUGAAGAAUACUUGGAAAAGAAAAAGGGAUCUCAUAAGCGCUCGGCAUCCUGGGGCAGCACAGACCAACUCAAAGAGAUUGCCAAGUUACGCCAGCAACUGCAAAGAAGCAAACAUAGCAGCAGACAUCAUCGAGAUAAAGAAAGACAAUCGCCAUUUCAUGGUAAUCAUGCGGCUAUUAACCAGUGCCAGGCUCCAGUCCCAAAGAGCAUGCUGGUUCCUGUGAUACCAAUAGCUAAGUCAACAGGAUCCCGUUUCCGUAAUAGCAUAGAAGGGCUGAAUCAGGAGAUUGAAAUAAUCAUAAAGGAGACUGGAGAGAAAGAGGAACAACUUAUUCCACAAGAUAUUCCGGAUGGGCAUCGAGCUCCCCCUCCUUUGGUGCAGCGUAGCAGCAGUACUCGCAGCAUUGAUACGCAGACUCCAGGUGGAGCAGAGAAAGGCAGCAACAACAGCAGCCGAUCUCAGUCUAUUUCCCCAAGCUCCUUCCUUGCUAUCUCCAAUGAGGGCAGUGAGGAGAGCCCCUGCUCUGCGGAUGAUCUGCUUAUGGACCCCAGAGAUAAAGAGAAUGGAAGCAAUUCGCCUCUGCCCAAAUAUGCUACAUCACCAAAACCCAACAACAGCUAUAUGUUCAAACGUGAACCUCCUGAGGGCUGUGAGAAGGUGAAAGUGUUUGAGGAAAGCUUGCCAAAACCCUUGCAUGAAAUUCCAGCCUUUUACUGUCCUGACAAGAAUAAAGUAAACUUUAUUCCUAAAAGUGGCUCUGCUUUCUGCCUUGUCAGCAUUCUCAAGCCUCUUCUUCCCACGCAAGAUCUUACACUCAAAGGUGCUACUCAUAAUCUGACCGUCACGACUGGUAUGACGCCCACCCUGCUGCAGCCUCUUUCCAUGGCCUCCCUUUCAGCAAACACAGAUCAAGAGCGGCUCUCUCGUGGAACCAGCAAAGUAAUAUCACAGAUGUCUGUGCUCCAGCAGUCAGGACAUAGCGAAGAAACUGAAGGAUAAGCUCGGCCUAGCUAAUCUGGGGGGAGAAGUUUUCGGAAACAACUGUGAUUAAACCUUCCAGAUCACAUCUCUUUAUAUCAUAAUAGCUGACGAUUCCACAAACAGGUCAUAGGUGGUAUCUUAUACACCAUGCCAUGAAUGUCAGCCUCCUGGGAGAUCUAGGGAAAAGGGGCAGCAGAGCGCCAGCUGCACUUGACUUGGGAUGGCUCAGGUUCAGUCUCUGAGCGUGCUGCUUCGGUACAAUAAAGAAGGGAGAGCUCUGUAAUUGCUCACAACUGGAGGGACCAAUUUUUUUCUGAUACUUCGUGUUUCGUGUAGACUUUGAGUUUGAACAAUGAAAAAGACAUCCCAACUUUUCUUAGCAGAGUAUCUGUUUUCAGGAGAAAAAAAGGAAACCAUUAACUCAUAUGAAAAUAGUAUUUACAAAUGUGGGUUUUUUUUAUUUUCACAUCAUCAGGAUAAUUGCACUUUUCUUGCUACAUCUUUUUCACUGGGGACCAACGGAUUGAAACUUUUCAGUAUUCUGUCAUGAGACCAGCUGAUUUUGCUCCUUUUCCCAGAUUAGGGUAACAUCCUUCAGACAAAGAAGAAAAGCAAUAUUGUCACAUGCUGAAUGCGGUGGGAAGGGGGAGAAAGCACAGGUGUGGAAUUUCUUGUCUGAAAAUAGCGUUUUCAUGCACUUCAGCCAAUCACAUCAUGGUUUAUUCCUAAUGUUGUAUUUCAGGACAUACUUCCAUCCUCUUUCCCUAGAACACCCACUAACGGUCACAACGGUGCCUCUUGGGACAACUUAGUUUCUUGUGUUACUGUCAAAAUCUUGAAUUGCCUUUGGCAUAUAUACCUGAUUCUAUCAUGUCUUGCCACUAUACUAUAUAAACCCUGUAGUCAUAUGAUCUUAAAAGGGCCAUGCAUGCAUGGUGGUUUUUGCUUGUCAAAGUCUGUUUUGUGGGUCUGUUGAGGGUAAUAGUUUGUCAGGCAUGAUAUUGUUGAAGCAAUUUAUUUCAAUGGACAUGUCUCCUUUUGGAGUAGCAAUAUUGUUAGGGUGUUAAGCUAAGAAUUUUUUUUUUUUUUUGCUUUCAUUGAUGUGGCCCAUUUCGUUUUUAGUGCUUUUUUUAAAAA